AUGUACAUGAACCUCCUCUUUCAUACCCAUCUCUCCCACAACUCCCCAGCCCAUCUCCUCACCACCCCUCAAUCCCCCAAAGCCAUCAAAUCCCCCUCUCUUAACAAUCUUCCCACCCCAACCCCCGAACCCACCACCCUCCUCACAAACGGCUGGCUCCCCGUCCCCCGCAGCUUCACAAACAGUCUUGCCGAUAUCGAUCCCGACAAGCAAGCCGUGCUGGCCGCGGAGGCGUGCGAAUUGCCGGACUCGCAGCUUGCGCGGAAGACGUGGGAGUUUGUCAAGGCGAAGGUGUCUGCCCGCACGUUUCAUCAUUGUUUGCGGGGCCACGCCCUCAUAUCAACCCACUUCCCCCACCUCCACCCCCUCCGCGAAAAAUUCUACCUCACCUGCCUCCUCCACGACCUCGGCACCACCCCAACCAACCUCGCCGCCACAAACAUGUCCUUUGAAUACCACGGCGCCAUCCAGGCCAUGCACUUCUUGCGCGAAAAUGGCGCGCCCACGGACCAGGUGGAGGCGGUUGGGGAGGCGAUUAUUCGCCAUGCGGAUUUUGGGGAGACGGGGUCGGUGACGGGAUUGGGGUUUUUAGUGCUGUUGGGGACGGGAUUUGGAGUUUUUUUUGGGGGGGCUUUUUAA